GGCCGCCGGCCGCCGGACGGCCCCGAGGGGGAGCGGGCGGGAGCCCCCCGCGGUCCCAGCCUCGGCGGGGGCGGGGGGUGGCGGUCGCGAACGGAGCCCGGGGCGGUCACCGAGGGUCCCGGCAGCCCCUCCGAGGGGGAGGAUCCGCCCUCCCCCCACGCCAACUUUCCGGGUCGCCCGGCUUCCGGAACGGUAGCGCCCGGCGGCGCGGAGCCCGGCCGGACCGUUAUGAGGGGGACGCCGCCGGAAGCGCCGCGGAGCCCGGCCGGACCCUGGGGACGGGGACGCCGCCCGGAGCCCGCCGCGCUGCCGGAAGUGGCGCCGCCGGCGCUUAGAACAGUGCUGGCCACAUAGCUGCAGCAUGCUCAAGCCUGUGCCCGUGCUGCGGCUGCCCCGGGGCCCGGACGGGACCAGCCGCGGCUUCGACCCCUUCAGCCCCCGGAGCCAGGCGGCGGCCAGCGGGAGUGGGGGUGCGAGUCCCGGCCGGCAGCUGCAGCAGUUGCAGCAGCUGCGGGCCGAGCUGCGGGAGCGCUACCUGCGCAGCCUCCUGGCCAUGUCCGGCCGGCCGGUCCGCUUCGCCCUGCACGAACGCGUCCGCGUGGCCGCCCGUUUUGCCGCCUCCGACCUGGACGUCGCCAACUUCCACGUGGCUGACCUGCAGACGCCGCUGGGCACCCAGCGGGAGGCCCUGCUGCGCUGCAGCGACAUCAUCGCCUACUCCUUCCAGCUGGGCCCCGACCCUCGGGACCCUCGGCCCACCCCGGCCGCGCUCCGAUAAAGACCGACCCGACUCUCCCUUGGCCUCCGUCGCGGGUGCGUAGCGGGACCGAGGAGACGCUCCGCUCUGGCCCGGAUCCGGUUCUCAUCCUGACCCUGCCGCGCACCUGCUGUCUGCCUUCGGGCGAGGCACCGCGCUUCUGCUUCUCGGUUUACCUCGUCUGCAAAAGGGGCAUCAAGAUGGUGAACUCCGUGGGAGACGGGGACCGGGUCUCACCUGAUAAUAAACGUGGGAUUUGCUAAGCGCC